GGUCUCGCUUGCUCGAUCGGCUGCCCUUACAGGGCUGCAGUGCCUGGUUUGUUUGGAGCGGGCAGCAGCCAUGGACCUAGCAAAUAAAGUGGCCGCCAUGGCGAAGAGGACGCUGCCCGUGUCUGGCGUCUUUGACGAGCUCAUCCGCGCCGUCGGCGAGUCCAAGUCCAAGAGCGAGGAGGAUGCGAUCGUGGGCAAGCUGGUGGAGCUGAGCAAGGCGAAGAUCCGCGAGGGGCGGCGCGAGCCGCGCGGCCAGAAGGAGCUGCUGGUGUACCUGAUCUACAUCGAAAUGCUGGGCCACGACACCGCCUGGGCGCAGGCCACCGCCAUCCAGCUGUGCAGCGACAAGAACCUGGCGGUGAAGAAGCUGGCCUACCUGGCCGUGUCGCUGCUGCUGGACCCAGCCAGCGAGCUGAGCAUCAUGGUGGUGGCCACCAUCCAGGCAGACAUGCGCUCAGACAACUUCCUCACGGUGUGCACCGCGCUGUCAGCCAUCUGCCACAUCGUGUCCCCGGAGCUGGUGGGCGUGUUCCUGCCCCAGGUCACCGCCCUGCUGCGCCACGACCGCGACCUUGUGAAGAAGAAGGCGCUGCUGGCCAUGCAGCGCUGCAUACAGGUGGACCCGGGGGUGGCCCCAGACCUGGAGAGGCACCUCAUAGACAAGAUCGGCUACAAGGAGCCGUCUGUGAUGGUGGCCUCGCUGUGCGGCCUGCGGGAGCUGAUCCGGCGCGACCCAGCCCCCUACCGCAACCUGGUCCACUACUUCACAAACAUACUCAAGCAGGUGCGUGCGCGUCUUGCCCUCCGCUGCCUGCGGGUGGGGAAGGUGGAGGGGGGGUGGGGCCUGCUGGGCAUGCUGGGGGCGGGGGACCGCGCCGCCAGCGAGAACAUGUAUGCUGUGGUGGCGGAGGUGAAGCGCCGCGCGGAGCCGCUGGGCAACAACAUAGGCAACGCGCUGGUGUACGAGUGCAUCAAGACGCUGACCACCAUCCAGCCCUCCCCCGCGCUGGUGGCGGGGGCCGUGGAGUCGGUGUCUCGCUUCCUGGGCGACCACCAGCUGGCUGUGGUGGACUGCCUGCGGUCUGCCGACGUCACGCUGAAGCGCAAGACGCUGGGCCUGCUGUACAAGAUGGCGGGGCCCAGCAACAUCGAGGUGAUUGCGGGGGAGGUGCUCAACUACCUGCGGGAGGGCGGCGACGAGGUGGCGCGCCGCGACGCCGUGCGCUCGCUGUGCGACCUGGCUGAGCGGUACGCGCCAGACCACGUCUGGUUUGUGGACACAAUGAACGAGCUGUUCGAGGCGGCGGGUGAGGAGGGGGGCUGGCUGGAUGGAAGGGCUGGAUGGAAGGGCUGGCCGCGCCGGUGGCGGCCAGCGUGCAUGGGCGCAUGCGCGCGUGCAUGCCCGUGGGGCAGUGGUGCCCUGCCUGGCUCCCUGCCUGCUCACCUGCCUCCCUUGUGA